GUGGGUAAAGCGGUUAUUUUUUGACGACAGUGUUUCAAAGGAAAUCAAGUUACAUAAUAUUAAUUCUUCAGAAACAAUAAUGAACCCAUACCCAAGGGCAGGAUUGGCUCUUGUGAUCUUGCUGCUUUGGAUCAUCAUCUAUCGAAAUGUUCGAACAAAGUCAUCUCCCGAGGAGUCGCAAACUGUGUCUGAAGGUCAGGAUGAGCAGCUUGAAGAGAAAUCUGAACUUCCUACUCAAGGAAAUCUAAUAUCUCUAGAAAAUCCCACUGAAGAGAACUAUUAUCACAAUUUUCUUCGGGUACAGUUGUCCAAUUCAGAAAAAAGCUAUCAGGAGUAUCGUCGUCGUCGAAGAGAAUUUGUAGGAUCUGAUCUCACAAAAGUGAACCCGUGGUCACAUGAAAAGGUCAUGUUUUUCUGGGACUACUUUCUGCCACAGUUUUCCUGUCCGUACACGGUCCAGAGGAUUGGAACCCUGGGCGAUGGGGGUAAAUGGGUUUGCGGAAUGGAACUCUUUGACACCGUGAAACCAAUUGAUGCACUUUUUUGCAAAUAAUAAUUUUCAGUGAUGAAGUGAUAAAUCAUAUAAAAAUACCUUUCGUUCCUUCACUAAUUUAGGGAAAUUCAGAAGAACUUUUCUCAAACCAAGAUCGUCCUUGCAUCAUUUAUUCCUUUGGCGUGGGCAAAGAAUCAAGUUUCGAAGCAGAAUUUUUGAACAGGACAAACUGUGAGAUUUGGGCGUAUGACGCGUCUGUGAAUAGGAUGGGAGGUCAUGUGAUCACUCCCCACCCACGGGUUCACUUUAAUAAAGUGUUCAUACAACCCAGAGGAAAUGCUACGUUGGGUUCUCUCAUGAAACAGGUUGCGUUUACUUACAUAACUACCUAUUUCAUUUUCACAGCGAUAAGUAACACUAAAUGCAACUAAAAGAGCGACUUCUUUAACCAAUUAAAACGAUAAGUCUACCUGUUUCAGAAAUAGUUAUUAAAAUGAGUCAGAAUGUGGGCAAAUUUUCUCUAUACCACAUGUGCAAAGUCACUAUUUAUUGAAAGAUAAUAAUUCAAAUCUAGCAAGUUUAUUAUAUACAAAUUACGUUUUCGUUUACACAAAAUGCCUGGAAUUAUUUUUUUUUCUGUUAGUUGGGCCCACGGUGAAGAAAAGUUACUAAAUAUUAACCGAUAUUGUAACAUUUUGUAAUGCUUCUUGUUUUAAUAUUUUAAGCGCGUCCUUCACCUAAGUUUGUUUUUUAAAAUGUAUUUAUUUAAUUAUUUUUAGUGAAGUGUGAACUUAAAUGUAUAAAAUCAUAAUAUCAAUUCUUAAACGUUGUGAACUUUCCUAUAGGUAUGGAUACGUGGCAUACUAAAUUAAUCCCGACUGGGUGGAUUAGUUACACUGUAUUUCAUGGAAUUUGAUCAAUGUUUAAUUUUUCAGAAUU